AUGUGGGGGAAAAAGCAAUUCACACCUGCUCAACUUUUCUUACAACCCAGUGACUGUGAGGACAGCGCAGGUGACAGGAUCGAGUUCCAGGUUAGUGAAUGUGGCUGUGACAUUGAACUGCGUGUACUAAGAUGGGUGAGUGACAUCAUCGGAUAUCCCGAGCAAGCCCGAGGAUGCACAGUCUCCGGAACCUCCAUAGGGAUUAUAGUGGCUUUCUCCACAGCCCGCCAUGUUAAACUGGCGGACAGCAGCCAGUUCCGUAGGCCGGGUUGUAUGGUGGUUGGCACAGUCGGCACUACCGGCCUGGGAACGAUCGACCCACUGGGAGAUAUCAGCGAGGUGGCCCAGAAACACGGUCUGUGGUUUCACGUGGAUGCUGCUAUUGGAGGGUGCCUGAUGUUAGACGAGGCUGUGAAGAAGCGAUGUGAAGGGAUAAACAUGUCCGACUCUGUGGCAUUGGAUUUCCACAAAUCCCUCUCGACCCCAUAUGGAUCGGCCGCCGUGCUUGUACGGGAUGGGAAACUUUUGAAGUGGGCAAUGGCAAGAGACAGCGCCCCGUUUAUUGCAGAUUCAACUGACGAGGACGGUUAUUCACCGACUGACCUCGGUUUCGAGUUGACCCGGCCCUUCAGAGCAUUUCCGGUGUGGUUUAUGUUGAAGAGUCUGGGCACAGAGAUGAUUAAAACGGCGUUGCGAGAAAAAGUGCGACUAACGAAAUACGCCUUCAAGUCAAUUCGUGAUAUGGCCGAUGUUGUCACGUGCACGGAGCCCGAUCUGACUGUCAUCGCCUUCCGGUACUUUCAACCUGGCAGUGAAGACGGAAAUGACGUCACGCGCAAAUGGCACGAGCUGAUAGCCAAGGAGGGACAAGUCUGUAUGACACCGACAACAGCAGACGGCUUGUUCUACAUCCGGUUAUGCAUUUUGUCCUUCCGUUCCCACAUCGAGGAUGUUGACAUCGCAUUGUCCGCCAUCAGGAGGAACUUAGAUGUCAUUUUAAGAGAAAAAGACAUUUUCAUUACAAGACUUUAA